UAGUUUUCCGGCGGAACAAUAAUCGCGAACACACAUAUUAGAGCACAUUGUUGUCGAUGCAGGAUUAUUAUUAUUAUUGUUUUUUUAUGAGAAGAGAGCAUAAUUCCGAUAUUGUUUUACACGCAAUAUAAUCCUUUUCAACGUGGGCAUAAACUACGAUUACAAGUUAUUUUCUCACGUACUGUAAUUUUACGCUGCGCAUCUUUUUUUUCAUCUGGCGCUUACCUACAUUUUAAAUCGCUCUGGUUAUUUGAUGUUUUAUUAACGUUAGUAGUUUAAAUAUCAAGUUCUCACAACGACUAAACAUCACAAACAUUCUGUGGGAGAUCUGUGAAGUGGACGUUCAGUAGCAUGGCUUCAACGGUGGACUUCAGGACUCUGGUUGAUCAGUCGUGCAGAUACUCGGAUGAAUUCGUCAACAUCUAUUAUGACUGUAUGGACAAGAGAAGAAGGAACUUGACGAGGCUGUAUCUGGACAAAGCAACGCUAGUGUGGAAUGGAAAUGCUGUCACAGGUCGUGAUGCUCUCGGCGAGUUCUUCGAGUCUCUUCCUUCCAGUGAAUUUCAGGUGCAGUCUCUUGACUGCCAGCCUGUGCACGAACAAGCAACUCAAGGUCAAACCACUUUGUUGGUGGUUACAGCAGGCUCAGUGAAAUUUGACGGAAACAAACAGAGAUACUUCAACCAGAAUUUCUUAUUAACUGCCCAAGCCUCUCCGAACAGCGACCAGCCCGUAUGUAAAAACCCAAUCUACACUUUAUACAUUAACUAUUGA